UUAAGCUUGAAAGAAAAGGGAACUUGAGAAAUAAGUUAAAGACCUAAUCGUACCGAGUUAUGGAAAUUAGGAAUAUUAAUAUGUUUAGGAGGAGUUAUCUAGAUAUAUUACCUAAUAGGAUUAGGAGUUAUUAAUCUCUAUAUAAGAAGAUGCAAGAGUGUUGCAUAACUUAUGGUUUAGAGAUUGAGAGAUUGUGAGCUUAAGGUUUUUGAGUUAUUUUUCCUUAAGAUAAUAAGAGAGUUAUUCUUAUUUGUGAUUGAGUUCUUGAGAUUUCUAAACUAUAUUUGGUAUCAGAGCAACAGGUUAGAUACUGGAUCUGUAAUAAGUUUCUUUUGCUCAAACCCUAAUUUCGGACUUCAACAAACAUCACGGCUAACUAUUAUGGUUAUGGGGGCGAAUGUAUUCAAGUUAGACUCGCCUAAGUCUGACACGGAUAAAGAGAUGACGACGAUGAGUAAGGUUGCGGUUCAAUCUCAGAUAACCCUCUUACAUCGCAAAUCAAAGAAGAAGAAGAAGAAGAAGCACAAGAGGAUAUCUGGUGGUGAUGAGAUAGUAAAAACUAAAAGCUCCAAAGUUAAUCGACGUCAUGAGAAAGCACUCAUUAACAGUGAUGAUUACGGUGCUAAGAGAGAUCAGGGAAAGAGAAGGCGUGUUGAUUCUGAUGUGGGAAAUACAACACACAAACCUAGGAAGAAAAAUAGUAUGCUUGCAAUGAUUGCGAUUAAAUGUGGUGUACAGUUAACCACCAGUGAGAGAAUGGCUGAAGACUUCGAGAAACUGACAGGAGGGAUACUACUCUCUAGGAACGAAGACGGCUUGGUUUUCUACCGAGGAAAGAAUUUUUUGUCACGAGAAAUAGAUGAGGCAUUGGUGGAGCAAGAAAAACUUGUAAGGAGUUUACAAGAAGAAGAAGAGGCACGUUUAGAAGAAGGAUCAUCGGCCCUGAUUGUCAUAAGUACUGAACCUAGUAAUGAACUUGUUUAUGCUGGUACUCUUGGUAAAACACGUGACUUGACAAGUAAGUGGGGAAUGAAUCUGAACGAUGGUCACCAUGCAGAAGAAGUGAAACACGAGGUUAAAGAACUGAGGCAUAAGAAUCUUGUCAGGAAGCUGGAAAAGAAAUUUGUUAUUGCUGAGAGAAAGCUAUUAAAAGCUGAACGUGGUUUGGUUAAAGUGGAAGAGUACCUACAGCCAGCAGAGCAGAGAGCAGACAUAGAAAGCAUAACUGGUGAAGAGAGGUUUAUAUGCCGCAAGCGUGGUUCGAAUAUGAAAGCUUUCUUGCUUAUAGGUAGGCGAGGAGUGUUUAAUGGCACGGUUGAGAACAUGCAUUUGCACUGGAAAUACGGAGAACUGGUCAAAAGGAAGGCUUUAGCACGUUCCAUUAAACUCCAACGACACGAGGGAUGUAUAAAAGAAACUUUGGCAAUGCAUGCAAGAGCAGAACGGAUGGGAGUUGAAACUGAACUUAUGGAGAAAAUAGAAGACUUCAGGAGAGUGAAGAAGCUUCUGACUUAUGUGAGAUUCGAGCCUGUUUCUUCAAGAAAAACAUUGUUACCUUCAAGAGAGCAGAUGAGAACAAAGGAACUAUUAUUAGAAAAACACUUAGAGGAAAACGAGGAACAGAAGGUAAGUGUGUUGUCGUGUAUGCAUAUCUUGAGAUAUACUCGCACUGAAGUAGAAAGUGAGAGAGUAAAGCUCAACAGAGUCGCUGAGACUAAGGGAUUUGCGCAUGACUUGGAAGAUCAACUAAGAGAAUUGGAAAAGAAAGAAACGGACAUAACAGAGUUGUCUUGUAAUCAUGACGAGGAGGCAGAGGAGGAAGAGAAAAAGAUGAUACAAAAAUAUCAUAAAGAUAAUGGAUGUGAACAAUCCCAGUUCCCAAUCCUCUGUCAAUCUUGCUUUUGUGACAAUCUUUACUUGAGAAUGGUAAUAGCAGAUUAUAAGAUAGAAUGCAAGGUACGUACACGGUUCUUUACGGUGUUUAGGUGGCAGCCUAGCCGGACUGAGAGAUACAAGAAACCAGACAUAUGUCAGACUUACUCCAAGUUGAAGAACAGAUGCCAAGUCUGUCUUCUGGAUCUUGAGAAAGGUCUUCCUGUUCAGGUCAGUGACACGGCAUUCAACAUUACUACUCACGGGAAAGAGAAGCACUUUAGUGCUACAGAGGAAGAUAUCAAUCAUAAGUCAACUAUACUGGAGAAUGAGAAGGAUCAACUUAGAAAGUUAUACUUAGAGGACUUGAGGGGUCAAAAUCUUCAACGGUUGGCUGCAUCAGAUGGAUUGUCGAUGGAGAAAACUAAAUUUCAAGUUGAGAGUAAACACAGUAAUGGAAAAAAAGAAGAGUUACGAGAAAAAACAGAGUACGUUACACGAGAGGUUUUCUCAAUGUAUCUCAUGAGAGAGCAUGAAGAACUUGUGAAUAAAAUGGUGGAGGAACAUUCAAAGUGGCUUACUAAGAUACAGCAUGAACGAGUUGACCUCGUGUUGGGCAUUGAGAUGCAGAAAAGAGAGUUCGGGUAUUGUAUUAAAGACAAACGGGAAGAAUUUAAAAAUUCUUCAAGGGAGAGAGUGAAGUUUUCUGAGCAAGAGAAGUUGGAAGAGGAGAAUAUACAGUCUCUCAAAUUAGUAAAGAAAGAACACGCCCAAGUGGAACUUAAGAGGCUAGAGAAUCUAAAAGUUGAAAUCGAUAUCUCCACUGAAGUUUUUAAAUGGGAGAUGGUAGUGAGUUUCGACAUGAGUAAUCUGGAUGGAAUGGAUAAUUAUAGUAUGAUACAUACACCAAUGGAAUAUGGGUUGAAACUAUCAAAGUCUAAAGUUGAAAGACACAGUGAUGCUGCAAGAUACAUGAGGAAUGUCGGCUGUCAUAAGGCCAGACCGGAGCUAUCUUGCUGUGUAAUGAUGAUAAGACGAGAUAUGCAAAGAUUCGAAGCGUUUCGUAGAACUGCGAUGAAGAUACAUGCAACUACUGAGAUACCAAUUGUUGGAGACAUUGGUAGAGGUCAUAGAACUGACUUGGAUGAUGGCAAGAGCGUGGCAGGACAUAUAUUUUAUGAUAAUGAAAGAUCAAUUAUGUGGAGUUCAAGCAAACAAGAGAUUCUUGUGUUACCGUCAUGUGCAGCUGAAGGCAUAGCAGGGACUGAAGCUAUGGAACAAGCUAUAUGGCUUCAAGAGAUAUAUUGGCAUACACCUGAGAGUGAACAGAGAAGCGAUAUUGUGAUGAAAGCAUUUGGGAAACUGAAGCUCAAAGAAAUUAGAGGUAUUGAUGAAGACUUGUCGAAAAUGGAUUUCAAGCUUAAGGGGGAGAAUGUUGGAUUAAGCUUGAAAGAAAAGGGAACUUGAGAAAUAAGUUAAAGACCUAAUCGUACCGAGUUAUGGAAAUUAGGAAUAUUAAUAUGUUUAGGAGGAGUUAUCUAGAUAUAUUACCUAAUAGGAUUAGGAGUUAUUAAUCUCUAUAUAAGAAGAUGCAAGAGUGUUGCAUAACUUAUGGUUUAGAGAUUGAGAGAUUGUGAGCUUAAGGUUUUUGAGUUAUUUUUCCUUAAGAUAAUAAGAGAGUUAUUCUUAUUC